ACACGCGGCGGGUCCGCGCGACGCUCAGCGCAACGCGAAAGGGGGGCUGAUCGCCGGUGGCAGCGCGCGCGGGAUUGUGGGACGGACGGCGCGGCCUAGUGUUGACGUCCAGGCGGCGGCGGCGGCGUUGAGGGAAAAUCUCCUUACACCCGCGUCUGAAAUAGCAAGAAGGGGACAUUAGAACAAGCCUGAGUUUUAAUUCUAACGGCGGUGCGGUGGCGGAAUCGACAAGCCAUGGGUCAGGAGGAUAUCAUGAGCACGGCGGAGGACGUGGCGGAUCAGUUCCUCAGAAUGACGAAACACUACCUGCCUCACCUGGCACGACUGUGUCUCAUUAGCACCUUCCUGGAGGACGGCAUCCGCAUGUGGUUCCAGUGGUACGAACAGAGAGACUACAUCGAGGCUACCUGGAGUUGUGGCUACUUCCUGGCCACGUGCUUUGUGCUGCUUAACCUUUUAGGACAGCUGGGUGGCUGUGUCCUUGUUCUCAGUAGAAAUUUUGUACAAUAUGCUUGCUUCGGAUUAUUUGGCAUUAUUGCGCUACAGACUGUUGCCUACAGUAUACUAUGGGAUCUAAAGUUUUUGAUGAGGAAUAUGGCCCUGGGUGGUGGGCUGCUGCUACUCUUGGCUGAGUCACGCUCCGAGGGUAAGAGCAUGUUUGCCGGCGUGCCUACGAUGGGCGAGAUCCCAAAGCAGUACAUGCAGCUGGGUGGCCGCGUCCUCCUCGUUCUCAUGUUCAUGACCCUGCUGCACUUCGACUCCAACUUCUUCUCGAUCCUCCAAAACAUGGUGGGCACAGCCCUCAUCAUUCUGGUAGCCAUCGGCUUUAAGACCAAGCUUGCGGCUCUCACUUUGGUGGUGUGGCUCAUGGCCAUCAACGUCUACUUCAACGCCUUCUGGACGGUGCCUACCUACAAACCCAUGCACGACUUCCUCAAGUACGAUUUCUUCCAGACCACGUCGGUUGUCGGCGGCCUGCUGCUAGUAGUGGCUCUCGGUCCGGGGGGCGUGUCCAUGGAUGAGAAGAAAAAGGAGUGGUAAGGAGAGGGCAUCUCCUCAUACAGUAAAACAAACCCACUGCCCAGGACACAAGGACCCGCAAAUGUUAAAAGAACCGAACCUCCAUUCUCUUCUUCACCUGCUCAUCUUUUUUUUUUUUUUUUGUUUUUCACAUUUUUUUUGUUGUUUUUACAGAGAAAUUCACAAUGGCAAAAACAUGAGUUUUUAAGAUGCCUGAUCAGAUCCCACUGAAAAGACCCUGAAAGAUACUGAACUGUCUGAGUUAACAUUGAUUUAUUAUUUUUUUCUUCCCACCCCUCUGUCACGGUUGACCAGGAUGCUGUCUUAAAGCAUUGUAAACAUAUUCGUGUCUGGAUGCUUACUUCUCAUGUGCAUUGCUAUGUGGUUGUUGUUUUUUAAAACACUUGAGAAAUAGCUGUGAAUGUGUACGCAUAUAGACUCUGUGAAACAACAGUAACUUAGUGCUUCAACUGAAAUACGACCGGAUAGCGAUCCGGCACCAUUGUUUCCUUCACCCUCAGAUCGAUCCACACAUCAAAUUAAAAUGGCCCUUGCGUUCGGGGUGCGCGGGGCCUCCUGUAACACUGGUCGUGGUUCAGUCGAGGGGAUUUGUUAUCUAUAAACCACCCUACAGAAUUAAAAGCGGAAGUACAAAGUCUUCUGAAGGCUCCAUUUUCGCAUUAGGUGGACUGUGUACUGUCUGAGUCUCAGUGUGGAUCCGGGCAGUAGACAUCCUCGCAGUUUAUACAAACAAACAAACACUAUUUUACACAUCUGCACAGGUGGAACAGGUCAGAAGAAGGUCUAUUCUGUCAGCCGAACUUUGUCUUGAUCUGUGUUUUUGCCAUCGUUUGAAAUAACACUUUGAUUUACAGAAGUUUAUAAUGUAUUUUUUGAUUUAUUUUUGUUUUCAGACACAGAUAAAAAUAAUAAUAAAAGCAAAAAAAGAGAGA